AUGAUCCACUCGGCCUCCACUUCCUCCACCUGCGGCCUCCCCCAGACGCCCAUUGCUAAACGCUCCCUGCCCAGACGCCCCCAUCUCCAGACCCGCGAGUCCCUCUCCGUCUACAACCCCGCCCCCGUCGGCCCGCUCAACCUGCUCAAAGUCAACGGCGGGAUGUCGGCCAGCGACACCCUCUUGCAGCUCCAGGCCGACCUGCUGGGCGUGGUGGUUGAGCGCUCCAAGAUGAAAGACCAGGGCUCACCCUCUGGCUUCUCCCCAGGACGACCGCCCUUCUCGCGGGGCACGCCAUCGGCCUCUUUGGCUGACCUGGCGCGGCCCGAGACGCUCUUCGCGACCCAUUCGGCGGGCAAGAGGGUGUUCAAGCCGUCAAUCACAAAGGCGAAGCGGGACCAGAAGUACCGCGUCUGGAACCGGGCGGUGGCGCGCAGCAAGGGCUGGCUAGAGGACGACGAGCCGGGGUCGCGCGACGAGAGCUUCCCCGACUGCGUCGAGAUCGUCGACCACGACCAGCAGCUCCUUUCCCACUCCCUCAACAACGUCUUCCCCGGCGAGCAGGGCCAGCCCGUCUUCCAGCGCGACGCCAAAAAGCCUAUUGUCCUCAACCCCCUCGCCAACAUGAUCAAAGCCAAACAGACUCUCCAUUUGCUCCGCCGGAUUAAUUGUUCUGGCUGA